GCAACUGCUAGUCUGUAAGCCAAGAGAAUUUAAACCCAAAACAAAAACCAUACAGCUCCGAUCAUUCUGCUCUUCCGCCGGCCAAAUUUCUCACUACUUCGUUCAUGCCUUGUUGGCUCAGCUACUAGAAAAUGGCAGCCAAGCAAAUGGAAGAGAUACAGAGGAAAUUGGGAGUCCUUAAUUAUCCUCGAGCAAAUGCUCCUGCGCAGUCUCUCCUCUUUGCAGGCAUGGAGCGUUAUGCCCUCCUUGAAUGGCUCUUUUUCCGGCUGUUGGGUGAUAAAUCUCCAUUCUCACAGCAAAAUCUACAAGGCGAUGCCAUGGAUCGUGAUGAAGAGACUGCUCGUAUUCAAUAUCUGGCAGAGAUUGCAAAAUUUCUGGGUAUCACGACUACCAUAGAUAUAGAAGCCAUUCAAGGACGAGGAAGCUAUGAAGAUCGAACUGAAAUGCUCCGUCUUAUUGUUGCUGUAGAGGCAAUCCUCUAUCCUGAUAAUCCUGAAUGGAGUGUUGAUGAGCAGGUGGCAAAGGAUAUUCAACUUAUAGAUUCCAUUGCAGAGAAGCAAGCUCUAAUUUUCUCUGAGGAAUGCAAGUUGUUUCCUGCAGAUGUCCAAAUUCAAUCCAUAUAUCCAUUACCAGAUGUUUCCGAGCUAGAAUCAAAGCUCGCAGAACAGUCCAAGAUACUCUUGAAUCUUCAACAGAAAGUUGAUGACUUGGCAGCAAAGCAUGCGUAUAAUCCAGAUGAAGAGUACACUGAAGUGGAAGCACAACUGCGGGCACAUCUGGAAUCUUUCCUAGAAACUGCAAGAGCAUUCAAUACAAUUUACACAAAGGAAAUCCGUCCCUGGACGCACAUGAUGGAGGUACCGCAGCUUCAUGGGUUUGGACCUGCUGCCAAUCGCUUGUUGGAGGCGUACAAGAUGCUCUUAAAGUUCCUUGGUAACUUGAGGAAUCUGAGAGACUCUCAUGCUGCUCUUGCAAUUGGAUCCUCUGAAACAAUUGCUGGCGAACCCACAUCCGUGACAAGAAUAAUCUCCGAGUGUGAGUCUGCAUUAACAUUUUUAAAUCGAGAUCUUGGCGUUCUCUCUGCUUCCAUUGCUCGUGAACAUGACGAGCACACAGCCUAACUAAGAAUUUGAACAAAAAUAAUAAACUUAUCGAGAGUUCCUCCUCUUCGAGGAUAUAACAUUUUACGAAAAUUCAUUACAUUUACUCCAUUGGAACAUAGGGAUUUGGGAUUUGAAACUCUGAAUUGAAGUAAGCUCAGUAUAACCCUUUCAUGUGUUGCACAUAUUUUAACAAUUUGCCCAUCUGCUAAAAGUAAAGAAAAUUGGAUGUGUGGUGUAAUUUUGGGGGCUUUCAUUACAU